UUACGUCAUAUGUCUGCGACGUCACCCGCCGUACGACCUUCUAACAGACGCUUUGACAGUACAAUGUGGUGUUGAUUAGAGUUUGUUUGGUCGUCUUUACUUGGCCAGAAAUUAUGUUUCGUGUUACUUUGACACUGUGUACCAGGGGCAUCUCUACACGGCUGAUUUCCUCUUUAUCCGGAGAAAGUUUUCUUCCGUCAAAUUUACGUCUCCCAUCAAAUCUAAUAAGGGCUCCGAAACAAAAGGCAAUCCUCCCCACCGGUUCUGAUCUUCAAGUCCUGCGAAGAUGUGAUGAUGAUAUUCCAGCUCAUCUCGCACCUGUUCAGACAUGGCUGCACUCUUUAGGAAGUUAUGACAGCGAGCCGUUGGGGGUUGUUGAUCUUCAUCCUGAUGUGUUUUCUGUGCCGGUCAGGCUCGACAUACUCCAUGAAGUGGAGGUCUGGCAGAGGAAUUUCAAAAGAAUUAGCUCUGCCAGUGUGAAGAGCAGGGCUGAGGUCAGAGGAGGAGGCAGAAAGCCCUGGAAACAGAAGGGAAGCGGACGAGCUCGGCAUGGAAGCAUUCGCUCCCCGUUAUGGAAAGGAGGUGGAGUAUCUCAUGGUCCAAGAGGACCAACCAGUUUUUAUUACAUGCUGCCUAUGAAGGUGCGUGUACAAGGACUGAAAAUCGCAUUGACUGCUAAACUUGUACAGGAUUACCUUCAUGUUAUUGACACUUUGGAGAUUCCUACUCCAGACCCACAGUAUCUAGAGGAACUGGUGAAACACAGGCAGUGGGGGGAUUCGCUCCUGAUUGUGGAUGUAGGAGAGGACUUCUCUCCCAACAUUCUACAGGCCACAGCAAACUUGAAGACUAUAAAUAUCAUUCCAGCCAUAGGCCUGAACAUUCACAGCAUGUUGAAACACGAAAGUCUGGUCCUCACGCUGGAGGCUGUGAAGUUUCUAGAAAAGAAGUUGCUGUGGCACGACUCUCGCUUCACACCGCUCUACCCUUUCAAACUGCCCUAUAGUGACAUGCCAUGAACUUCAGUCUAUUAAAAACACAUUUAUUUCAUAAA